AUGCCUGAGGGCCAGCUCCAUGUCAUCGCCCUGAUAUCGGGCGGGAAGGACAGUUUCUAUUCACUGCUCCACUGCCUACGGAAUGGUCAUCGUGUGGCCGCCCUGGCGAACCUGUACCCGCCUCAUGUCGUUUCCGGAGGAGAGCGGGCGGUGGAAGGGGCCGCUCUGGAAGGGCCAAAGGAAGAGCGGGAGGCGAGCGCCGCAGCUACAAAGGUUGACAUGAUUGAGCCCCAUGCUGCGCUCGGCGGCGGGAAAGCGCCCCGUCGCAAACGGCAACGGGCCUCCCUCUACCGGCGCGCCAUCACGGGCGGGGCCGCGCAGAGCGUGAGGGACUACGACGGCCUCGGCGCCGAUGGGGAUAGGCGGGAAGAGACCGAGUCCAUGACGGAGCUGCUCAGGGCCGUGAUGAAGAGGCACCCCGAAGCCAACGCCGUCUGCGCCGGAGCUAUUCUAUCCACCUACCAACGGACCCGGGUCGAGUCCGUCGCCGUCCGCCUCGGACUCCUCCUGAGCGACAUGGCGGACGCCGGGCUCGACGCGCGCAUCAUCAAGGUGGCUAGCGCGGGGCUCGAUGAAGAGUUUCUAUGGACCACGGUCAGCAGCCGGCAAGGGAUCGCGAGGGCGCGAAAGGCCCUCAGGCACUACGGCGGGGGUGGGAGGCUUGUCGUCGGCGAGGAUGGGAGGAAGGUGGUGAGGGAAGGCGGGGGCUGCUCGUGGCUUCGCUUUACGCAGGCUCGGGUCGAGGCAAAGUCCGCAGUGGGCGCCGAGGAGGAGAAGGAGCCGUCUUUGGAGGCUACACCGCGCGUGUUGGGAGUUCUUGAUGCCAAGUUCGCGGACAUUUUGGACUCCAUCGCGCAACUCGACAAGGACAGCCCCUCUUCCGUUGGAGACGAAACCCGCUCCGUCAUGGACAAGAUUCGCAACCGCCUUGGCGAGCUCUCCGCCCAAUGCGUCACAAACACCCUCGUGGUACUACGGCACAUGUCGGAUUUUGCACAAGUCAACAAGGUCUACGGAGAGCUCUUUACUUUUCCCAACCCCCGGCGAGGUCAGGCCAUCGACGUCCCGGUUUCCUCUUCUUCCGGCGCUGCCGCCGAUGCUAUCAGCGGCCAGCCAGCGGCCGCCCCGAAUCCCAGCCCGGUGCGAAUCGUGGCCAUCGCAGGACAGAUCCCGCUCAUGCCGGCGACGAUGGAGCUCCCCGAACCGCUCGAGUCCUCGCUAGAUUUGCAAAUCGUCCUCGCACUCCAGCAUCUGUGGAGGAUCGGGGUAGAGAUGAAGGUCCAGCUAUGGGCGGGCGCGGUCGCCUACUUCCCGCGCGCCGGCUCUCCCGAAGAGAUGGUGCACAAGGCAAAGCGAGCCGCGCUUGCCUGGCAGGGAGCGCACGUAGGCGUCAGGGGCCAGGGUGGGGAUGAGGACGACGAAGACGAAGACGACGAGAACGGGCCGGAUCUCUGGGAUCUAAAGUACAACUCGGAAUACAUGAAUUAUGGAGAGGCCCGGGCCGGACCGAAACCCCUACCCGAUUGGGAGGCGUUUCGUAAACAGCCAAACGGCGAGGCCGCCCAGCGAGUCCCACCCUUUUUCGCCGUCGAAGUGGAAGAGCUCCCGCGACAGGCGGGCAUCGAGUGGCACGUCCACGCCGCUCUCUCCUACGUGGAAAGCGGGGCAGCGCACGUCGAAGAGCGCUCUGGGGUCGCCCGCUCCGCCGCUCUUGGGGACGCCGACGUCUCCUGGCGCGCAUCCCACACGCUCGCCGAAGCGGGAGGCGGGCGGGUCUUUGUGCACACGACCGUGGCAAUCCACCAGGGCGGGCAGACGCUUUCGGCAGCGAGGAUUCACGACGUCAUCGGCGAGGCGGCGGCGGCGUCGUCGUCGUCGUCCCUGUCCCUGGCCAGUGUCGCGGUUGGAGGGGUCAUGACGUGCUCGGUGGUGCAGGCCGGCAUCAAGGCGGAUGCCAUAUCUUAUCUAUGGCGCCAUCGGGGCGGCGCAUGUCGACGGCAGCGCCGAGGGCUGCGACGACGCACGCGUUCCGCCAGAGCAGCCAUUUGUGCCCUGUCGGUCGAUACGCGACGGGGAGGGAACCCAAUCGCGGUCGUUGCCUUGUUCCGAGAUGUUUACUUUCGCUCGUAG